AUGGCGGCAGCGCUCGCGGUGACGGACGAGGUGGCGCUGCCGAUCCGGGCGGUGGGGGAUCUGGUGGCCGCCGCCGAGGUCUCGCGGGAGGAGGUCGCCGUCAUCACCCAGUGCGCGGCGCUCGGUGGAAAGUUGCCUUUUGAGGAUGCAUCAGUUGGUGCGGUUCUUGCAGUCAUUAAAAACGUGGAAAGCUUGAGGGAGCAAUUGGUUGCUGAAAUCAGUCGGGUGCUGAAAGCUGGUGGAAGAGUAUUGGUGCAGAGCCCUGCACCCUCAUCCAGUCAGAAGCCAAACGCUGAUAUUGAGCGCAAGUUACUGAUGGGAGGAUUUGCUGAAGUGCAAUCUUCUGCUGCAAACUCGCAGGAUAGCGUGCAAUCUGUUACAGUUAAGGCAAAGAAGGCUAGCUGGAGCGUGGGCUCUUCUUUUCCCCUCAAGAAAGCAAUGAAAGCAACGAGGGCCCUUCCCAAGAUUCAAAUUGAUGAUGACUCUGAUCUGAUUGAUGAAGACAGCCUCUUGACUGAAGAGGACCUGAAGAAACCACAACUUCCUGUUGUUGGAGAUUGUGAAGUGGGGGCUGCAAAGAAGGCGUGCAAGAACUGUACUUGUGGCAGGGCUGAGGCUGAGGAGAAGGUUGGGAAGCUUGAGCUCACUGCAGAGCAGAUCAAUAAUCCUCAGUCGGCUUGUGGCAGUUGUGGGUUGGGUGAUGCCUUUCGAUGUGGAACCUGUCCCUACAGAGGUCUUCCACCAUUCAAGCCCGGCGAGAAGGUUUCCUUGUCUGGCAACUUCCUUGCUGCUGACAUAUGA